AGAUUUCAAUUCAAGCAUAGAUGGGGAAAUUGGUACAGUCUUGUGCAUGAGGCGCCACAUGUGUUGGUACAUGUGGUCCACAUCUCUCAUACUCUUGGCCAAUCUUGUCAAUACAGCUGCGAGAUGCGAUUUGGAGAUUCCGCCAAGACCAAGGCAGGAGAAGAAGCUCAAAGUGAUGAAGAGAAAAUGGGUGUCUCAUCAAUUGGUGUCUGAGGUGGCAGCGAUUCUCCUUGAAGAUGUCUUGAUGUAUGAUGUAGAAAGGUAUGAACCUGAGUCCUCCCCUCUCGAUGACCUGAGGGCCUUGUCUUUGGAGGAGGCAGAUGUGAACUUUGAGGUUUGGCAGGGAGGGAAGGAGGAAGAGCUGCAGAAGUGGGUGCGUGAUGGAUCAGCGAGGAUCACUGGUAGCCACUCGAUGUUGGCCUAUGAUGGCAUACACACCCUCAAGCAUACCAUCGAGCGCUUCCCUGAAGCGGAGUUCUACCAGUACCUUCAAACCCCACAGAUGCAAUGGGUCUUUGCGAGUCAUUCAUUCCAAAAAGGGGAGGCGACUGCAGAUCCUGUCGGCCUGUGUUCAAAUCCGGCAUGGAAUUGCACCAACUUUGUCUGGCAGCCUCCAUUGUGUCGGAAUGGCACAAUGCGUUGCUUGGGACAAGUCUUGCAUGAUUAUCCUCACUACACCCAAGGAGUGAUUGAGCAGCAAAUUGCAAACAAUGGUCUGCCACUCUCUACAGUCUACUUGACGCCUCUGUCUAAGCAAAUCGCUGUUUGGAAUGCCUUUGCAUCCAAGAAGGACAUCCUCUUUCAGCACCACUCUCCCUCAGAAGGAGUUGAUGGUGUCCCUCGUUCUGCCUUUGUACCGAUUCAGUUCUCGCCAACUAGGUAUGGAUGCAACGCAAUCGAGAAUUCUUCUCCCAACGGUGGCUUCAGCUGUAGACUAGAGGCAAAACGAUUGCUUAAAGUGGCCUCCUCCACGUUUAUGGAGUCAGGAGAUGCCAGUUAUUUUGCCGAGAGGUUCAACCUGAAUGAAGACAGCUACAAUCGACUUUUUGAUUUGUGGCGAGUGCAUGAUGGUGAUGCCUACUCAGCUGCUUGCGGCUGGCUCAAAGAGACAGGAAGCUCUAAAUGGGGAAGCUGGAUUCGAUUCAGUAAGCAGGUGCGCUUCAUUCGUGAAUUCCCUCCCACCAACGGGUGCUUUCCAGUAUUUUACCUGUUCUUGAUCUCGGCUUUGGCUAUGGCUUUCAUGCAUCAAGUCUUGCCUGGCUGCUUUCGAGCUUUCAGACAAAAAUGCAAAAGGAGACAAGACAAAGGUGCCAAGGAUCCGAAUUGGGAGCCCACAGACCUUAGUGACAUUCAACGGCGAAUGAAUGACCGUGCCAACUACACAUUGCCAGAUUUCACCUCAAAGCUUGUGGCCUGCAGAAGUUCGUCCUUUGUUGAAGUGAAGAUGGCUUUGCUGCGAGGCUCCAUGGGUUUCAUGAGCUUCUUCAGAGAUGAAGAGGAUUUCUGCAGUGAUGUUGGCCAAGGAAUGCUACCUCCAGCUGCUUCAUCAUGCUUUCGCCAAUACUUCCAAACCAGCUUGCAAGUUCUGGUUUAUAUUCUCACGUCUGGUCUGGCUCACAUUGCAGCAAGUGCUCUCAUUUUUGCCCUUGCAACAGGCAUGGUGGGUGCUCUUUUGGCUGAAGUUCGGGCAACCAUUGAAAAGAACAAACAGGUUGAUCCUUUGCUGCAAGUUGAAGCCUGGUACACGACGUGGCUCUCAAAAAUGCAGACGGUGACAGUCUUGAUGGAUGACUUCAAGUUUCUGCCAACCUUCUUCAUAACCUACAUGAUUGGACAAGAUGUGAGUCGAUGGCUUCAGUGGUUGCAAAUCAUGUUCAAGGUACAAGGCCGACUACAUGACGUAGCUCUUGUGGUGGCGAGCUCGUAUCGGAAUAUUAAUGAUCCUUGCAAAGGGAAGCUACAGAGACAAACACUUUUCAAAUGGUACAGAUACAUCAAUUCCAUUCACUACAUGGGCUAUUUCAAGCUUGCACCAAGCAUAGGAACCUCCGCAGAUGGAGUUCUACAGGACCUCCGCACAGUUGGCUUGCUAAAGGAUUCAGAGUGUCAGCAACUUCAAUUUGCGACUGCAAAAUUGCGGGACACUUUGGUCUCUUGGCUGGGCCAUUUGUGGCAUGAGGAGCUUGAGCGGGGACAGGUUCAGAGUGUCGACUCAGAUGUCUUCAUGCGAAAGGUCUGCGAGUUACGCGGAGUUUUGGCACAGCUCAGCGAUAUGCAAGACAUGCAGAUCAGCCAAAUGGUUCGCGUCAUGAUGGUUGUCGUGACCAAUAUACUGCUUGGAUUGGCCCUGAUUGGCUACCCAACUAAGAUGUAUGAAGAAACGACUGAAUGCUUCCAGUUCUGGCCGCUGGUGGCAUCCUAUCUCUAUUUCAUUUGCUAUAGAGGAAUGCUUCAUGUCAUGUUCAUUCUGGACAAAGGACCAUUCUAUGCCAAAGGUGACUGUGUGAACAUCGAUGCCUUGUUGGUCAGCACCGAGCGAUUCGUUUUUCACGUGUUUCGUACCUUCUUCAGGGGUCAGCAAAAGCAUAUGCCGCAUUCAAUGCUGCAGUGUGAUCAGCCUUUCAUGCCUGAAGAUGUGUAAGCUUGGACUUUGCAAAUUGUAAUUGAACAUUGGAUGUGUAAACAUUGUUGCAUGCACGCAACGAAGAUGCGAUGCAACGCACAGUAGUUUUUCGACUCGAGCUUGUCAGUCAAACACCAUGACCCAGUGUCCUCAUACCCUCAACAGUACCUUGUCGCCGUAGCCAAAGCGUUGUUGCUUGAUGCCUAGAACCGAGCUUGAGUGCAAGCCGCUUCCUAAGUUGCUUUGACAACAGGAUGAAUUGAUCAACCUCCAAACUUGCAAAAGCAGAAGUUUGUAUAGCCUGCAUGCUGCACAGAUGCUUUCCUGAGCAGGCCCAAUUUUGCUCAGCCAAUUUUACUUUCGGCGGGGACACCAGCUUGUGGAGCAUAGCCAGAAGAGUUUUGAGUUUUCCUUGCUGGAUCCUCAUGAUAAAAUUCAAGAGAAGCCUCUUGCUGAACGCCAGUGAGAUGCUGACUUCUGCGUUCCUUGAUAGACUAGAAUACGUUUAAGUACGCCGCAAAGGCACUCCACGUAAAAUGAAAAGCAGGUGUAAUUCUGGAUCGUCACGUUUGUGGUUGAUGGCUUGGUCAAAAGGGGAAGGCAAGAAUCGCUCAGCUGAUGUGAGUUUUGCC